CAAGACCCCCUGGUGGUUUCGUUCAGCUCCAAAGAAUCUCUUCUAUCCAAAACUAAAACUAAAAGAAAAGGAAACCACCAAACAUGGUAGCUAUAGUAUCUCAAGAGAACAUGGUUUCUCGCACAGGAAGGCACUUGCAGCGCUACAGCAAAGGUCGUCGCCAAGUCGUAGGAUGUAUUCCAUAUAGAUAUAAAAAUUCCAAGCAGAGUCCCUUAAAGGAUGAUGAUGCAAAAGAACUAGAAGUUCUUGUCAUUACUUCACAAAAGGGCAAAGGGAUGCUCUUCCCAAAGGGAGGGUGGGAAUUAGAUGAAUCCAAGGAAGGGGCGGCCUCUCGAGAGACGCUGGAGGAAGCCGGGGUACGAGGAACUAUUGAGUGUGAAUUGGGUGAGUGGAGUUUCAAGAGCAAAUCGCAUGAUGCUUCCUACGUAGGUUACAUGUUCCCAUUACACGUUCAGGAGCAGUUAGAUUUCUGGCCGGAGAAGAACCUGCGUCAAAGAAUUUGGAUGAGUGUUCAAGAAGCAAGAGAAGUUUGUCAGCAUUGGUGGAUGAAAGAAGCCUUAGAUAGAUUAGUAAGUCGUCUCACAUCUCAACAACAACAACAUGAAGACCAAGAAUUAGGCCCUGUCCUUAAAUCAAUGAGGGCAAAUCUGUGAGAUGUAGUUGUACAGGAAAGAAGUGUCGAUGAACAACAAGCGAGUAUUGCUUUUGCUUUUAGAGGUACUUAGAAAGGAUUUAGGAAGAGUAUGAGACUCAAAACAAGCAGAUGAAAGUGACAACUGAAAAGAGCCGGUUCUUGUUUUGUUGAAAUUCUAAUUCCUUGGCUUUUACAAUCAUGUUCUGAGAGAAACUUGAUUUGAGGUCGUUGUGGAUUUAGAGUUCACUAAAUCUGGGCAUGAAUUUUGCCCCUAUGGCACUCCCAAUAAUGUCACAACUCAAUCGUGAAUUAUUGUUUCA